CACAUACCCAGUUCUACUGGUUGGCGAAAUUUCUAGACAUCAUGGACUCUAUACUUUAGUUCAUACUGGUGCUACAACAAAAUGACAACUCCUGCAAGAACGUCCACUGGAUUUCUGCGCAAGGUUCAAUCGCCUAUGUUGAGCUUGCGGAAGCUCCAAACGCGUGACGCAGCUGCUCCUGCACGCGGAAGCGAUGGACCCUCUACUUCUGGUGGACCCUCUAGUUCCAAUCCCGUUCCAUCAGAGGCCCAACUGGCACAACCAGAAUCUGUGGACGACUGCGACGAGAUCGACAUGCCUUAAGGCCAGUGCUAAUUUGUUCUCGGGGAAACUGUAGGGACGUUCGUUGCCAUCACAUUGGUGCUGUCUUAGAUGAAGUUCACAAAUUGUAGGAUUAAAUCAGCACAUCAUGGAUUAGGGAUUAGGAUGGAAAGGCUUUGGGACUAGAUUUGGGAUUUUAGCUAGGGAUUACUAUACAUAGCUGAAAUACGCGUAUCACCUCUAAAUAUGUUUACGACCAGGAGAAGUGCCGUGCCGACGUCAGCCUGUAAGCUCCUCAGAAGCGCAACCGGAACCAGAAGAAUUCUCAUGGGGAUUCACGUGGACCGGAUAUGGCCUCUUAUUCAUUGUGUUGAUUAUGAAACAAACCUUUGUUAUGAUUUUUGGUUAUGGAGGUAGGUCAGCGUCCCUAGAGAACUGAAAUUUCAAAGAAAGAUACUGGAUUAAAGUCAUUUACCGGAAUCGAUUCAGUAGGUCUUCAGUUUCACACGAAGAGUGUUCUAAUUUAAUCGGCGCGUUCUGUUGGUACCGCAAAUUCGGCUGUGGUUGUUGUUACCGCUAUUGCUGCUUCUGCUGCACUGGGAAGAAGAAGAAAAAGAGGGCGAAGAAGAAGAAGAAAGAUGUAGAAUUAAGGUCAGCUUUUAUCCAUCUGUAGGCACAAGACCAUCCAGAUAAUCUCAAUGUGGCGAAUGUCUUAGCAUCUCGAUACCCUUCCCCCCUGUACUUCAUGGGAAUGGGAUCGAGAUGAGGAGCCUGAGAUGGAUAAAGCAAAGCCGACUCUAAUAGAGGCAGACAGCGAUGA